GAAUUAGGAGCAAUGGAUCUAUUUUCUAGAGGAGAAGCUUUGAACUUUUUGGAACACAAUCUCAAGGUGACAAAUGUUCAACAAAGAAUCAUCUCAGAUAGGAAAGCUCUUUUAGAUGAAGUAGCUACAAAUAUUCAGAUCCACCUUGUUUUUCAGAAUCUGCGUCUAUUGAGUGAACCGCUUGAAGCAAGGUAACUAAAGCAAGUUUUUUUCACACAUCAUAAAAGAUACUUCAUGAAAGAGAUAAUUAGAUCUUUCUUAUGUGUUUUUAACGUUAUUGUUCCAUAAUUAUUAUAUUAAUUAUUAAUAUGACUUUAACAUUUUACACAACAGACAUAGACCUAGUUUUAAGGAGAUCAAAGCAGACCUAAAAUUAGGAAUAGGUGGUCUCUGUUACAACCUGAAUGUUGCUGCCUAUUUCUUGCUCAAAACCAUUGGAUUUGAUGCAGUUCUGGCUCAUGCUACUUGUACUUCAAGCACCCUCUUCCAUGACAACCAUGUUGUAGUGUAUGUAAGAAAUGUAGAGAGAACUGGUGACAAUUUUAUAGUUGAAGUUGGAUUUGGUUUCCCGACAUUCCGUGCUGUGAGCUUGGAUUUUGAGAAAGAGUCCCCUGUCUAUAUAGAUUCUUUUAUUGAAUACAAAUAUAUUAAGUAUGAAGGGAACAUUCUGAGAAUGCAUAGAAAAGGAGAACUGGUCAAAGGAUCAACCAAUACGCCAGAUGGUGUGAACUUUUUCUUGGAUGGUUGGAGGAGAUUUUACUUUGCAGAUCCCAAAAGGUUUACAAGCAAUAUUGAGGAGUUUUAUGAGCCCUUUGAUCAGGUCAGUAAGAAUGAGCCAAUUAUUUAUUAUAUGUUAAAUUAUGUGAUGUUUCUUAGAAUAACGGUCCCAUAUAAAUAUUUUACCAAUAUUGGUAAUUAAUCAAUUUAAAUAUUUUGAAUUAUAACAAUAAGUCUGGCUUAUUUUUUUUAAACUAGAAAAACACAGAUAUAUCAUUGUAUUAGGUGAAAAAAAUUAACAAGCAUAGUUUUGAACAGUAUCUCUCCUCUAAUCUCUUCAUGGAACCACUUCAGGUAUUUAAGAACCCAAGUGCUUCACCAUUUCAUAUGUCGUUCAGGGUUAUUGGUUUUCCUGGUCGAAAGGCAAUUAUGGUUAUCAAUGAAAAAACACUAAUUGAAAAUGACCAAGGUAAGUUGUAAUGUGCUUCCUUUCAAUUUAUUAGUUUUUAUAAACAAUAUUAAUGAAAAGUUGAGAUAAUUAGUCUUCUUGACAAAUAUAUGUCAUUCAAAAUAAAAUAUAUAUACCUGGUAUUGUUGUUUGGCUUUAUUAAAAAUAUAUUUUUUUUUUAAACAGGAGAGUUGAUUUCAUCUAAUAUUGAAGGAGGUGAUGAAGGAAUUAUUCAAACUGUUAAAAAAUAUUUUCCUGUUAUUCCUAAGGAGCUAACCAGAGCAGCCCUAGCUUCUUGGAGAAACUCAACUAAACUCUGAACCAACAGAAGCCUUUUUAAAAAAAAUUAGUCUUCCAUUAUAAUUAUAUUUAUAUGUCUUUUAUAAAACAAUACUUUGAAAUUAACUUUAUUCAUAUAAAUAAGAUUGGUUGUUAAGGUAUGCGACCCGUCAGUAAUUGGUAUUAAAUAAAGAAUUAUAAACACUUAAAAAUCUUUUGUUGGGUGAGACCAAUGCAUCAAUCAAUUAUUUAUUCAAAUUCAAAGCAAGGUGAAAUAACUUGUGAGGUAACUAAGAUGUCAUUAACUUGCAUAUAGCCAUUGAUAAGCUCAUAAUUGAGUACUGGUAUUUCAUUACUUAAAUAGUGUCAUAGAAGAUUUUAAGUAUAAAGCUUUGACUUCCUAUAUAAUUAGUGUAUUUAUAGUAACCGUUAAAAAAAUAUAUAUUCAAGUCAUAUUUAGUGUGUUGUUACCCAGAGUCUAAAAUUAUAUGCACAUUCUGUAUUUUAAAAAUAUAUUAACUCUAAUUUAAACCUCAUGUGUCUUUCAUGUUGAGCCAAACUUAAUAUUUUUGUGUAAUUCUGAGAUUCAAAUAAAUGACUCAAAAAUGUAUAUGAAAAAGAUAAGAUUCAAUUGAUGCAAAUAAAUGG